UGUUCAUGAAGUGGACUGCCGUGUGAUACGAACUGAUUUACAUUCAAAGAAAAUAAUUCAUGAAGCAGCAAGUGGUCAUGAUAUUGGUGCCAGCGUCGGGGCAUCUUCGGCGUGUUCGAUUCAGCAAGAAAUAUUGAAAAUCUGUUUACUGUCACUUGAUAAUAAAAAUGCGCUCGCCUUGGCGCAUUUUGGGGAGGAGUUUUCUUUACAUAGCUCUGAACCAUUAAAUCUUCAUUGGAUAUUUUCAUUGUGAAAGAUCAUUGUUUGAUUGAGCAAAACAUUAGAAGCGAUGGUUUAUGAUUGACAACAAAGAUUUAAAAAAAAAAUUAAGAGUUUUCACCCUCUCUCCACCUUUCAAAAUUCUUAUAGAAAGAAACAAAAGUAUCUGAUACUCACCUUCGAUUGGUUGUGAAAGCCGAGAUUAUUUUUAAUCGCAAACAAUAAAAACGAAGCAUGAUCUAGGAGGGAUAUUUAAAAGAAACGACGAUUGGUUUGGUCAAAAAGUACUGCAUUGUUUAAGCGUGAAAGAGAGGUGGUAUUUUAGCACAGAAUCCGCUUACCGUCUGCCGAUAGGGUUGAAUAGAGCCAUUUUCACCGUUAGGGAAAAACCAACGCUAGAAGAUGCUAACAUGUUCGACAUAGACCACGAUGUCAUUGAAACUCUAGAUUGUUCUUAUGUCACACUCGUAUCAAAACUUGUGAUCAGAUCCAAAGAGGGGGACUUCGGUGUUUUAUUUUCAACAGAGGCCAGUCAACCAAAGAAACUACAUGAAGACCCCGUGCCUCAUCAUACACUUGUGUCUUAAGUGUGCUUGUCCUACCAGGAAUUACAAGAUCUAAGAAGAUUCUUCUGUGAUAGGAAAAACUAUCAUGAUAUCUAGGCUAUUUAUUGAUAUAAAAUUUUUAAAACUCUUGAAGAAGUUACCGUGUUUUGUGAAUUAUUUUCCCGGGUGGAACGAUGUGUAAAGCCACAAUCAAAGUUGCUGGUGCCCUAGCCAUGCUACUUUAUCACAUGUUCUUUAUCAUAGUGAUAUUGCCUUCAUCCAUUUCGAGGUCACGGACUAAACUCUCUCUCUGGAUUGAUGAAAAACAAAUAGCUAGCUUCUUCGGAUACCCCUUGGAAGUUUUCAUUAUCAGUGAUGGAUCUGUUGCACCAUAUUUACUUGAUCCGAAUGUGGAAGAAAGUAUACCCGUAAUUCCUCCGGAAGUAGAAACUGUUAACCUCACCUGGGAAGCAGGACCGGAUAUGUUCACUUACUGGUUUGACGACUUACAAUCCAUGGAUGAAAACCUCUUGUAUAAACCUCUUCUUAGCAUUCCAUCUUCUGGUGUCAUACCGGACGGACCAAAAAUUUUUCAGAUGUCUAUACCAUGUACGGGUCGAGACACGGGUAUUGCUGGACUAGAACUAGGAUUACAGAUAUUCAAUAAACAUGGUCGACCUAUACGUGGAUCGCCCAUGAAGUUGAAAUUAAAGAAACAAUGCAGUGCAAUAGUUGCGUCUGAUCUCUGUAACUUUGAGUGUUUGAAUGGUGGACGUUGUGGUCAGUAUGGCUUUUGUGAGUGUGCCCAAGGCUUCCACGGCCCUCGCUGUGAAAAAUCACUUUGUGAUCCUGCUUGUGAAAAUAACGGCACUUGUAUGUCACCGGAAGUGUGUAUUUGCCCCGAUGGUUUUUCCGGUAAAAGAUGCGAGAGGGGUAAGGAUGGGGAUAGCAAUCAAUCUCUAUGUAAAUCACCUUGCCAGCAUGGCGGUCGAUGUAUACAGGAAGACGUCUGCUGGUGUACAUCUGGUUACCUUGGAAACGCAUGCCAAUAUAGCAAGUGUAAACCUAACUGCCAAAAUGGUGGGACCUGUAUAGGCGUAAAUAAAUGCCGGUGUCCGGUUGGUUACCAGGGUAACUUGUGUCAGCAAAGACGUAGUAGGAGACGAAAGGGCAUUAAAACUGGAUAUGGGAAAAAGAAGAAAAACAAAAAGAAAAGAAAGAAGAAGAAGAAGAAAAAGAAGAAGGGAAAGAAGAAGAAUCUCGAUAAUAAAAAACCAAGGAAUCCUAAAAAUAAUAAGAAAAAGAGGACGAGGCUAAAAUUAAAACGAAAGAAAACGUUACUAGCUGAUAUAACUAGAUUUGCUAGACGAAAACGAAGGAGGCAACAAAAGCAACGUGAGAGAGCACAGAGACGAAAAGAAAAAGCAAAAAGGAAACGAAAGCCUUACGUGAGGUGAUAAAGGGCAAAACCUUUGUAGAGUGGACAACUUUUAUACGGAUGUCUAUCUGAUCUGUGUAUAGCAUUAUUAUUAUACGUGCAUUGUGCCGGUUGAAAUAAUACGGGUUUCUAAUAGACACAACAGAAAAAGGAACUUAAAAUUAACUUAAGUCCUAUCCUCAAUGUCUGUGAUAACUCAUAUGCAUUGUAGACAAUGAAAGUGAGUGCAUGUGAAGCAAUGUAUUCACUAUUUUUAAAUAUGUGCUUAAUUAUGCUGAUGUGUCAAUGCAAUAUUAUAAGUUUUAUUAUAAUAAUUAUAAUAAUAUUUUAAUAAUCC